CGCUGCAAGGCUAUGUGUGGAUUGUUUCGCAGGACCAGUGAGCAUUUUCUCAUCCUGAACGAUAGAGAGUGCAGUCUCUAUAGAUUAGUCUAGAGGUGAAGGCCUGACAGGGCCAAGACGAACAACUAGUGAGACAGGUUUUGGUCACCCUUUGAGUAAAAUCUGAUUCAGCGAAAUCUUAUUCUUUGCAAACCACGGAGGUGGUUGUCGCCUACAGUAGUGCAACAGUCAGUGUACACGUAUCGUAUCAGGUAGUUUUGGAUCCGUCCACCAAAUCUAACACAUUCUAGUCGAUUGACUGAUAGGCAGCCUUGCUGAGAGCUAGAACUAGAAGUAUUUUUUACUAUUGGUGGUGAAGUGGAACUGGAAGAGCUCAUCUUGACAGUGGAACGUCAAGUACCAGAAUUCAGAAUGCUACGUGUGACCAGUGGCAGUGCAAAUGGUCAACAACGAUGGCGCUUGGACGCAUCGGCAAAAGUUCUGAUUCAGCUGCUGUUGUACGUGUUAUAUGCUGGCAGGUGUACGGCCCAGCAGCAGAAUGUGAACACGUGGGUGGAUUGUGGCAAUGAAGGUGAAGUGUUUGUUACAAAUACCAUGAAAGGCUGGGUUGCAGGUGAAGAGUUCUGCCAGACACUCGGCAGCCACCUGUUCAGUUCUCCUCAACUUACAGCCUGCAAAGCUAUGCUAGUGGGAAUACUUGGAAAGGUGACAGUCCAUAUCAGCUACACAAGGUUGCUGGAUAAACUUCACUUCCGCAAUGUUGGGAACAACUUGAAAGUUUCUGACAACACCGUUACUAUCCAUCAAAGCUUGGAUGAUUGUUCCAGUCAAUAUCUUCCGGGAAAUUCACAGCCAUUUGACGAGGGGUGCCCAACACCGCGUGCUGUCGUUUGUGGAAGGAAUACCAAUACACAAGCAGCUUCUAUAGUGUGUGACUCACACAUGUAUACAUACCAUAGCAUCUCAUUCUCAGCAGAUCAUGCAAACCAGACGUGCUAUCAACAAUAUGGUGGUCGUACAUUGUCUACAGACGGGCAGGAACUCAGCUGUGCCUCAAAACUGCUGAACACAUCGCAAGUCUUGCAUGACAACAACGUCAGCUACAUACCGGUAUACACCAAUGUCAUGAGUGGGUCUGAUUGCACUACCUACCAACCAUCAACCAACACAGAAGGUCAACACUCCUGCACUGCGCCACGUCCCACAAUCUGUGUGUCUCGGUACUGCAAUAGCAGUGACAAUUUGGUGGCAGUGCCUAACGAAGACCGGUGUGUGUGCAAACGUGGGUAUAUCAACAACCACACAACCGCACACAAGUGUGAAUCAAUUGUCGAGCUAUUUCGUUUUACUGGACAAGCAGGGGAGAGUUCAAACAUCACAGUGUUCAUCUGGUUAAAAUCAGAGUGGAGGGUGCACAGUGUCUACACACAGAAUACACUACACCAGCUGGCUAAUUUCUCCUUACCAGAAGGGAGACUUGCCAUCAGAUCUGCUGAACGGAUCAUCUACACUUCUCCACGGCAAGCUGACACUGUUGCUGCAGAGCUGGCCAAGAAUCACUCCCAAUUCUUCAUCGUGAAUGCCGGUACAAGUGAUAUACUUCUGCCCUCAGCCCAUCUUCGUAACUACCUGGUCAACUUAAGUGUUUGGUUUCGGCCGUACAAAGUCGAGUGCGUUAACAUUCCUAGUACAAACCAGUCAGACACCUGUAGUUACAGUGUGUUCAAUGAGUCAGUCCCGUUCAAGGAUGGCCUAUACGAGUUUGCCCUGUCUCCACACAACUCUACACUACUUAGUAUACCUGUUCUAUACACAGUUCACCCAAGACCAACUACCACUGUACCUCGGAUGACCAGCAUGCCUGGUAACAAUGCUUCUUCAUCGUCAGACGGUAUGCCAUCGGUGGUCAGUUCCUCGCCGAGCGGAACUGAUGUUACCCAAAAGCCAGCAUGGUUGGUCUGUACAUUGGCAUUGGUGGUGCAGUGCUAUUGGCAGCACUUGUUCUCAUAA